UAUAGUGAUAUAAGGGGGGCCUACAAAGAAACCCUCAAGAGAAACGGGACUAUAUAAACUUAUAACUCAGAAGGUUUUCUAGGGUUUCUGGCACCAAAAACAGGGCAGAAAGAGGAGGAGCGAAGAAAUCAAAAUUCAACAACAACAUGGUUCUCAAGACCGAAUUGUGCCGAUUCAGUGGUGCCAAGAUCUACCCUGGUAGGGGGAUCAGAUUUAUCCGUAGUGAUUCUCAGGUUUUCCUGUUUGUCAACUCGAAAUGUAAAAGGUAUUUCCACAACAAGUUGAAGCCCUCAAAGCUUACAUGGACUGCCAUGUAUAGGAAGCAACACAAGAAGGAUAUUGCCCAAGAAGCUGUGAAAAAGAGGCGUAGAGCUACCAAAAAGCCUUACUCAAGGUCCAUUGUUGGUGCUACUUUGGAAGUUAUUCAAAAGAAGAGAUCAGAAAAGCCAGAGGUUCGGGAUGCUGCCAGAGAAGCUGCCCUUCGUGAAAUUAAGGAGAGGGUGAAGAAAACAAAGGAUGAGAAGAAGGCGAAGAAGGCAGAAAGUCAAGCUAAGGCACAAAAAUCUGUUGGAAAAGGCAAUGUUUCUAAAGGUGCAUCAAAAGGUCCUAAGCUUGGUGGUGGAGGAGGGAAGCGCUGAACCCUUAGUGUUGUUUCCAAUUUUGGUUAGCACUUGAAUAGAGUUUUGAAACUUCUGCAUCGAUAUUUUUUUGUUGGAUCAAUCUUGUAUUUUACUAUCUUGUCAAACUUUUGUUGGAAGAUUUCCUAGUUACUGUUUAGAAUUUUCUGUUGAGCAAAUUUGUGUUCAUGUCAAUCCUCUUCAAUACUUGCAGUUGCUUUUUAACAGUGCAUGCUUGACAAUCAUUUGUCUUUGGUUAUGCCACA